GAUUACACACUACUUUGUAGAAGAAGGGCAUGAAGCUUGCAGGGCCUACACUCAUAUUUCUUCAUUUGUGUCUGGCAGCAGCUCUCAUCACCCUUCUUGUGUUCUCUUUGUCACUUUCAAUCUCCCAACAUCACAGUGUUCUGUUAUCUGCCUUUGCUUUGAUAUUAAAGGUGAAAUCCAGUCCCAUUUUUAGGUUUUGCAUAUGCAACUUGAUUAUCGUUGCAGUAUCUUUGGGAAGUAGUUCCAAGACAUCGGAUGGAGAAUUUGAUUAUUGGUUUGUGUCACUCCCUUCGAUAGCACAUCAAAGGGAGGAGGAAAGACAAGAUGUAGAUGACGAUGACAGAGAUAGUUUUGAUGAGAAUUACUCUGAUGAUGAUGACAACGGUAAUGGUGAUGCUCUUGAUGGUUACGAGAAUUGCAAAGAUGAUAUUCAGGAUUGUUCUGAUGACGAAGACGAUGAUUUUCAUGGUUAUGAUGGGUAUGAUGAGGAUAACGACGAUGAUCUCAAUGAAGAAGAUGAUGAAGAUAGUGAAGCUGGAAGCUGUGAUGAAUUCAUUGCUAAGAUCAAUAAAGAAUGGAGAGCUGAAUGGGUGAGAGAGAAGCUGCUUCUUGGAAUAGGGGUGCAGUCCAAGGAUAUGGGUACCCAUUAAUUCAUGCUAGUUUUGAUCAAUAAAUAUGUGCAUAUGCAUGGAAUCUCAGUCUUGUAUUUUAUCAUAAA